AUAUAUAUAUGGUGGGCUCUAUUCCACAAAAAUACCCACGUCGGCUUUGUUCUUUUGUGGCCUUAAUAUCGUCAUCUUGCUGCAGUUUUCAGAUUUGGUGGCUGCCAAAAUCGAGAUACUUCUUCGUUAUACAUAAGUUUCUGAAGCAGAAACCAGAGCUUUUAGUUAUUUCUUCAUCAGAUCCAGCUGGAAAAUUUCAAACCCUACAAAGAAAACAAUUACGUACUAAAAAUGGCCUGGAUGUUGGCAGCAGUAUCAGUGAUUGUUUUGGUUUAUCUUCUUCAAGAGCUUCUCAGCCCGACAAAGAAGAAAAGGCUGCCUCCAGGCCCGAGAGGGCUUCCGAUUUUAGGCCAUUUCCACCUGCUGGGGAAGAAUCCCCACCAAGACUUAUAUCAUCUAGCCCGAAAACAUGGCCCGAUUAUGAGCUUGCGCUUGGGCUUCGUGCCUGCUGUCGUUGUAUCAUCACCUGCCGGAGCUGAGCUCGUCCUCAAGACCCACGAUCUAGUUUUCGCUAGCAGGCCUCCUCACGAAGCCGCCAAAUAUAUAGGUUAUGAGCAGAGAGACCUGGUUUUCCUGCCAUACGGCCCGUAUUGGCGAAACAUGCGAAAACUUUGCACCUUGGAGCUGCUGAGUAACCUCCGGAUUGACCAAUUCCGGGCCAUGAGAAAGGCCGAGCUGUCGCUGCUAGUUAGUUCACUCAAACAGGCUUCUGAACUGGGGGAAAUCGUGGAUCUCAGCGCCAGAGUUUCGGGCCUGAGUGGUGAUAUGAUUUGCCUGAUGAUAUUCGGGAGGAAGUAUGCUGACAGGGAUUUGGAUGAAAAGGGCUUCAAAGCUGUGAUUUCGGAGACAGUGGCGAUUGCUGCGAAAUUUAAUCUUGCCGACUAUUUUCCGGGUAUUGGGGUUCUUGAUCUUCAAGGAAUGAAUCGUAACAUGAAGAGGCUGAGCAAAAUUUUCGACGGGUUCCUGGAAAAAAUUAUCGAUGAUCAUGUUCAGAAUAAGCAAGAGAAGAAGGAGACUGAGGACUUCGUGGAUAUAAUGAUGGCGAUUAUGGAGUCCGGAGAAGCUGAAUUUGAAUUCGAUCGCCGCAAUGUCAAGGCCGUGCUCUUGGAUUUGCUCAUAGCGGGAAUGGACACUUCAGCAGCAGCAACAGAAUGGGCAUUCUCAGAGCUCAUCAGGCACCCACAAGUGAUGAAGAAGCUACAAAACGAACUAGAAACAGUGGUGGGAUUGGAGCAAAUGGUGGAGGAAUCACAUCUCGACAGACUUGAAUACUUGGACUUUGUGGUGAAGGAGACGUUACGGCUGCAUCCUGUUGCGCCCUUGUUAGUCCCACACGAGUCGAUGCAAGAUUGUGUGAUCGAUGGUUUCCACAUCCCAAAAGGAUCACGAACCAUGGUCAACAUAUGGGCUAUCGGGAGAGAUCCUAACGUGUGGCCUGACCCUGAAGCUUUUAAACCUGAGAGGUUCAUUGGGAGCAAUAUAGACAUUAGGGGGCGUGAUUUUCGGCUAAUACCAUUCGGGUCUGGAAGACGGGGUUGCCCCGGAUUGCAACUAGGACUUACCAUGGUCCGGUUGUUGGUUGCACAGCUGGUGCAUUGCUUUGAUUGGGAGCUUCCAAAUUGUAUGCUGCCAAGUGAUCUGGACAUGUCUGAGCAUUUUGGUUUAGUUACAUCCAGAGCUAAGCAUCUUAUGGCCAUUCCCCGUUAUCGAUUACAUAAAUAGUUGAAACGUUUGGUCUGGUUGCGUCUAAUGCUAUGAAUAAGAUCCUAUGGAAUGGUUUCAUAUAUAUAUCAAAUCUGCUAGAACCUUGUGGAUUGAUUUGAAUGAGAGGUAUGGUGUUUGCAAUGGACCA